AUGAUAGAAGUUGCAUCAGCCAUGAGCUACCUUCACUCAAUACACGUAAUUCACUGUGAUUUAAAACCUAGCAAUGUCCUGCUAGAUGAAGACAUGAUUGCUCGUGUAAGUGAUUUCAGUAUUGCCAAACGCUUAGGUGAAAAUGCUACAAUGCAAACAAGGACCAUGGCCACUUUGGGGUACAUGGCACCAGAGUAUGGAUUGAGUGGAAUUAUAUCUGAAAAAACAGAUGUGUACAGCUUCGGUAUUCUACUCAUGGAAACAUUCACCGGAAAGAAGCCCACAGAUGAUAUGUUUGAUGGAGAAAUGAACUUGAGGCUCUGGAUAUUUGAGUCAUUACCUCAUACAGUAGACAGAUUUAUUGAUGUCAGUUUGCUGCAGAUUGAUCAGGGAGACAUAGCAGCUAAAACAAGAUGUGUGAGAUCAAUCAUGAAAGUUGCUUGGUUUUGUACUGCAGAGUCAAGUCUUGAGAGGAAGACUAUGGCUGAAGUUGAGUUUGAGCUCCAUAGGAUCAAAUCACGUUUUUUAAUUGAGACUGAAUUGAUAGAAUGCCAAGAAAUGCCAAGGGAAAUAGUAUAUCCUAGGAUUUCGUACCAAGAGCUUGAGCUAGCAACAGAUGGAUUUAGUGAAAGGAACCUGCUUGACUUGGGGGAAUCUUGUGUCGUGUACAAAGGAAUACUGAAAGACAAGAGGAUUGCUGCAAUAAAGAUUUUUAAUACACAAAAAAGAGGGUUUCGGAGUUUUGAAGUUCAAUCUCAAGUGCUGCCCUUUAUUCGUCAUCGGAAUGUUGUCAAAAUUUUGAAAUGCUGCUGCGACGUUGGUUUCAAAGCCUUGGUGCUAGAGUACGUCCCCAACUUGUCUCUUCAAAAGUGGCUUUGUCGAAUAUCCCCUGGCUUGAAUAUUUUGAACUUUUCGAAAAGGCUUGAUAUAAUGAUAAACGUGGCAUCAGCUUUGUGUUAUCUUCAUACUAUGGGUGUCAUUCACUGCAAUUUAAACCCAAGCAAUGUCCUGCUAGAUAAUGAUAUGGUAGCUCGUGUGAGUGGCUUCAGCAUUGCCAAAUGCUUAGACAAAGGGAUUGGUGCAACAAUUACCACAACCAUGGCCACUGCUGGCUAUAUGGCACCAGAGUAUGAAUCAAUGGGAACUGUUUCUGAGAAAACUGACGUGUACAGCUUUGGUAUUCUUUUAACGGAAACAUUUACCACAAUAAGACCAACGGAAGAAACGAACAGGAGCUGGAUAUGCCAUUCAUUACAAGUAGUUGACACAGUUGUAGAUCUCAAUUUCGUGCACGCUGGUCAAGAACACUUAGCAGCUGCUACAAGAAGAUGUUUACGUUUGAUCCUGCAAUUGGCUUAUUGUUGCACUGCAGAGUUAUCUGAUGAGAGAAAGACUAUGAAAGAAAUUGAAUCGGAGCUUGUCAGGAUCAAAAAACGGUUCUUAAGUGAUAACUGA